AUGGGAGCCCGGCUCCGCAUACUUUUAGUAUCGAUCAACGUAAUUUUGGCUCUUUUCGUCUUCCAAAACGGUUUUUUGCUGAAACGGCAAGAAAUUCCGUCGAAAUCGAGCUGCUCCGAUGCGCACGGACAACCCGGACAGAAAUGUUGGAUGCGGCAGCAGUACAAACGGGUUCGCAUCUUUUUUUGAAGUUUUUAGCGGCAUCUUCUUUUUUGUUUUUUGCAGAGUUGCCACGGGCCGGGCCGGGCCGAAAAUUUCAAAACUCCGGCCCGGUUCAAAAAGCGGGAAUUCAAAUUUUGAACUAUUGAUUAAAUAAAAUGUUUGUUUUUCGUAGAACUAACGAAUUUUGCAAGUAUCGAGCAUAAAAAAGAAAUGUAGUUCUCAAAAAUAGUUUUUAUUGGCAUCAAAGCAAAAGUAACAAUUAAAAAAGAAGAAAAUAAUAACGAUUUUUGAUGUUUCACAGACGCUUUCGCUCGGAAUGACCGAGAGACGUGUCGUAGUUUUUUUUUAAAUUUUGAUCCCCGUAAAAAAACGAAAAAAUAUAUUUCCCCCAAAAAUUUGAAUUCGCGCCUUUUGAGCCGGGCCGACCGGGCCGGCCCGUAAUUUGGCAAGUCUGGUUUUUUGCACUCCGAACUAUGAAGACCUACGUUGAACGAUGUAAAACGAGAGAAUAAUAACUGUAGAGCAACAGAGGUGUUUGCCGCGUCAAUCGCAACUAGCACACGUGAAAUGCGGUUUAGCAAUUAUACAAUUGCGCUAAUUCUAGAAAAAUUCUCGGCAAAUCUAAACAAAAAUUCAAAAAUAUUUGUUCGGGAUUUGUCUAGAAUUGGUGCAAUUGUAUAAUUGCUAAACCGCACUUCACCAGUGAGCUUGCAUAUUUCCAGUGGCAUUCGUUAGCUACGAUUUUGUGAUAAUUAGUACGCAAAAGUGACGGUCCAACAUAAUAGAACUGGGCAGAAUAGAACCGCGACAUAAUAGAACUGUUUUUGUGUAUUUAUAUGAGCAUAUUGUCCGUUCCUUUCAAUUAACUUUCGCAAAAUUUUUUGUCUCUCGAACAAUUAAGCAGAAGACCACAGUUUAAGCCUAGAAAAUUGGUUUCCUUUCGUUUUUUGAUAGUACAAUAAAAUUAUUUUCUGUGGGUUUUCGUUACCGUGGAGAAGAGGGGUCACGACGGAAGUGAAGUUAAUGAAUGCAAUAAAUCGAUCACGAGAUUCAAAAAUUAUAUUUUUCUACGAAAGCAUUAUUCAACAGAAAGGUUUAAAAGGUGCUCCAAACAGUUAUAUUGUGUCGCGGUUCUAUUCUGCCCAGUUCUAUUAUGUUGGACCGCCGCAAAAGUAAAAUAAUCAUCCGGUGAAAUUGCUUUUAGUAAGUCUAUCGCUAUGGGAAUGGGAAAGGUAAAUUGCAUCAUUGAAUUUUCUGCAUUCGCUUCCCGUUGAUUGAGAAAUUGCUUUAAAAAACAAGGCGCGAGGGAAAAGCGCAGAGACAAACAACAACAAGAAAAAACAGUUUCGCGCCUGCGUCUCUGCCUUUUUGCACGCAAAUCGCUUCUCUCUCGCCUCCUGUUUUUUUUCCGGUUGAACCGCAAACUUUUCAGGAAAUAAUGCUAAAUGACUAAGUUUUCAGGUGAUUCUAAUUCUCGUGGAUGCCCUCCGAUACGACUUCAUUCAGCCGAUUGGCAAAAAAUCGGAAAUACCCGAGGAGGAGCGGAAUUAUCGAGGACAAAUGACGGUAGAAAUGCCAUAAAAGAAGAGCAGCAAUCAAAAAUAAACUUUUCAGCACAUAAGUGAACUGGUGAAUUCGGAAAAAGCGUCAAUCGGAACACUUUUAGCCGAUCCGCCGACGACCACUCUACAAAGAUUGAAGGUUCUCUAAAAAUUCGGUUCGUUUUUCGAAAUCCCAAUAAAAUUGCAGGCGCUAACGACGGGCACGCUUCCGACGUUCAUCGACGCCGGCGACAAUUUCAGUCCGGACGCCGCCGUCAACGAGGACAGUUUUCUGUACCAGGCGGCGCAGUUGGGCAAGAAUGUCACUUUGUUGGGUGAUGACACUUGGUCGGUUUUAGGAGUGAUUGCAUAUAAACAUUUCUAGGAACGUGACUUGCAUAGAUCGCGAUACUAACGGUUCAAAAUAAUUGAGACUCUUUGAAAUCCUGAAAGCAAGCUAUUCGGAGCAUUUUUCCGAACGACCUAGUGAGCAAGACGACACAAAAACACUUUAGAACUUGCACUCCCUCAAAACCGGACCAAUCAGGCGAACUAAACGUGUUCAGGCUCUCGCUGUACCCGAAUGCGUUCACGAGAACGGCCGCCUAUGAUUCGUUCGAUAUCAACGAUUUGAACACUGUCGACGAUAGAAUUGCACGUGAGUUCUUCGAUUCUCGGACUAUCUUUUGCCACUUUUCAAUCAGGGCUGGGCAAUUGGCCGGUCCAUUUACCUGGACAUUUGAACCACUUGCAAUAUUCCGAUCGGACCCAAACUUUGCAGGCUUCUUUGGCUUGGAUUGAGGGCCAUUGGGACCAAGUUUCAGCUCGAUCGGUUCAUCCGGUCCCGAGAUAUGUGGAUCAUUGGCCGAUUUUUUCCAAAAAGCCCGGGCUUCCGGCCAAUUUCGGCCAAUGAUCCACAUAUCUCGGGACCGGAUGAUCCGAUCGAGCUGAAACUUGGUCCCAACAUGCUUCGAAAAUCAUUGAUUGUUUAGCGAUUCUGGAAGAAGAGAUCGCCGGGUCCGAUUCCUCGAUCAUCAUCGCUCACUUCCUCGGCGUCGAUCAUUGUGGCCACAAAUUCGGACCGACGCAUCCCGUCAUGGCGGAUACUCUCAGAAAAGUGAGUUGCUAAUCAGAAAACUUCAUCCACAUCUUGGCCAUUCAAUGGAAAAUGUGUUUUAGAUGGAUCGAAUAAUCGGGAAAAGCGCGGCAUCGAUGCGCGACGACGAUCUGCUCGUGGUGAUCGGAGAUCACGGAAUGACAUCCACCGGGGACCACGGAGGCGAAUCGGAGAACGAGAUCAAGGCGGGCAUCAUGGUCUACUCGAAAUCGCGGCCGAUGCGUCUUCCGCGCCGUCCGAUCCAUCAGAUCGACAUCGUUCCGACCGUCUCGCUCCUCCUCGGACUGCCCAUUCCGUUCUCGAAUCUCGGAACCGUCAUUGUCGAAAUGUUCACUCGGGACCUAUGGGGCAUCGCGGUCGCAAUGAACUACGAACAAGUGAAGCGAUUCGCCGAAACGUACGCGACGCAGAAGAACUUUGCAGAAUUGCACACGCACACGGCGCGAGACGCCAAUACUAUGGAGGAGCAGAUCAAGUACUCGAAAAAUGGCAACUCGCUUCCGCAAAAACAAUGUUACAGCACAAUGUCGCGCAUCCAAACGGUCCUGCGUGUCGCGUGGACACAAUUCGACGACGCCUACAUCAACGCCGGACUCUUUUCGCUUUUCGAAGCGAUUCUGUUCAUGAUUACCAAUGAGGUUGGGUCCGUUUCUUUGAGCCAAGAAAUUGUCCACUCAAAAAUGCUACAAACCCCGAUUUUUUGCAGGAGCUCUCAACAGAAUGGAUAAUAUUCCGAACCGGAUGCGGCCUGCUCCAGGCGGCUCUUCUCUCCGAUCGCACCGAUUCGGACGGAAGCGCUCGCACUCUAUUACUGGUAAUUUUCGACGAAUUUAUCGAUUUUCUACCUGAAAUCCAAUCCUCAUCAAUUUCAGAUGUCUCUGUGCGUCUCCUGCCUCUCCUCGUUCAUCUCUUUGGCGCAAACGGCUUUGCAAUGCCGAUUUUGCCUAAAAUCGAUAAUUUCUUCAAGAGUAAUCGGUUGGUUGUGGCGAAUUAUUAUUGUUUUGCAAUAUUAUCGAAAAAAUACAAUUUUUGGGGAGCUUUAAGGGGGGAUUGGAAGAAAUGAUGAUUAA